UGAUCUUUGUUGGUUACAAGAGAUAUAAACCGAAACACCACAGAAAAAUAAAUGAAGAACACAACAAAAUUUGAUUUCGGAGUUCCCCUUGAAAUCAAGAGUACAUCUCCGUCAAGCUUCCCUCAAAGACGCUUGAUUCUUCACUAUCAAAGUCCAAACCGAUUACAAGGAUGAGAGAUUCCUAGCCACAAAGUUCAGUAGGUAAUCUCUAUUCUUUCUCUUUAUUUCUCUUGGUUUUUCUUACAAUAUCUCUCACUAACUCUCUAUAUUUUUCUCUCUUGUUUCUGAGGUUGAUUACAAAACAAACAAGGGCUGCCUUGUAUUUUUCCUCUGCUGGCCGAAAUGGUCUCUUGCUCAAAGUGGAAGGUUGAACCACUUAUUUAUAAUGUUGUUGUUGUUGUUGUGUUUGUUUCUGAUCUGAGAAAGUUUGUUGUAAUCUGUUGAGAUAUUUUCCCUUGAAUAGCUGAAAGUUGUUAGAGUCUUGAGAUAUUUAUUUGCUUCCUUUUAUUGUUAAGAAAUAAAAGACUUAAGCCUAGGAAAACAGAACCGACAACUCUAUGAGUUAUAAUGGUCUGUUGAGGCUUUAUAAAGAGGUCUAAAUUAUUUUCCUUGUAACUUUAUUUAUGGGACAAUAGUAUGGGAAUUUAUCCAACAGGAGCCAAUUCACACACUUUCACCAACAACGGAGCUCUUGUCACGUGCGUCAAGAAUUUCCCGGAGAAUCGCGGCGUCGUUUUGGGCCUGUUGAAUGGGUAUACCGGGAUAAGUGCGGCGGUGAUCGCUCAAUUGUACCGUGCUUUGUACGGUGAUGACACGUUGUUUUUCACUCUGUUCGUGGCUUGGCUUCCAACUGCUCUGUCCUUUGCUUUUAUCCGAACCAUUCGAAUCAUCAAGACAGUGAAUAGGCCACGAAACGAAGCCAAAGUCUUCUAUAAAUUCCUUUACCUAUCGAUGUGUCUAGCUGGGUUCUUGUUCAUCAUAAUAAUUUUAGAAAAAACAUUCAGUUUCAACAAGACAGAGUACGGCUUAAGCGCCGCGGGUGUGUUGUUCCUCCUCUUUCUCCCAAUUAUUGUCGUUUUUAGAGAAGAAGACAAGAUCCUUAAGAGCAAGCUAGUUUCCCAACACGACGAUACAUUUGUCGUUUCACCCCCUCGACGAUUGACUCCUCGAAAAGAAGUCGUUUCUUGGUGGAAAGACUCUUUCAAGCCACCAGAAAUUGGAGAGGACUACACCAUACUACAAGCACUUUUCAGCAUUGAAAUGAUCACUCUAUUAUUGGCCACUGUUUGUGGUCUAGGUGGAUCAAUGACGAUGAUGGACAACUUGGGCCAAAUUGGUACUUCUUUCGGAUACCCUUUGAAGAAAAUCACAAACUUUGUGUCUCUCACAAGCAUUUGGAACUACCUUGGCCAAAUAACAGUUGGGAUUCUCUCCGAAUUCUUGAUCACAAAGUACAAAUUUCCUCGUACCCUGUUCUUAACUAUGCUAUUGUUAUUAUCUUCUGUUGGUUAUCUUUUAGUCGCCUUCAACGUCCCGAAUGGUCUCUACGUGGCUUCCAUUGUUGUUGGGUUUUGCUUUGGAGCUUUUUGGCCAUUGAUUUUCACCAUCAUAUCGGAGCUUUUUGGAUUAAAAUACUUCUCAACUCUGUACAAUUUUGGUGGUAUGACAAGCCCAAUCGGGCUUUAUUUGUUGAACGUAAGGGUCACGGGUUAUUAUUACGAUAAAGAAGCAAGGAAACAAAUGGCAGCUUCGGGAGUUGUGAGGAAGCCCGGGGAGGCCUUGAAUUGUUUAGGAGGAGAGUGCUUUAAAUUGUCGUUUAUCAUUAUUACUGUCGUUACGGUUUUUGGUGCUGUCGUUUCGCUCAUUUUAGUGGCGAGAACGAGGAAGUUUUAUCAGGGUGAUAUCUAUAAGAAGUUCCGAGUGGAGACAAUGAGUGAAGAUUAUAAGAAGUCCCUGGAAUAUGUUGCCGGCGUUGGAGUUGAACUUGGUAGGACUGAUCAUACGUCAAAAGCAGAAGUGGUGGAGAAUAAAGAAGUAAGAUCACAUGAAACGACAUACAUGUAGGUGUCGUAUGUUCAAAUAUUAGAGUUAUGGUUCACAAAGCUUGCAUAUUUAUGAUUAAUAAUACUUAGCCCCUUAUUUCUUUUAGGCGUCAAAAUCUCUUUAGAUUUAUUUUCACUAGUUAUAUAUCAACUAGAUUAUUUUGAGGUUUUACUUUAUAAAUAAGUAUAUAGAAUGAUUAUUAAGUUGGUAUGUAAUUGUGAUAUUUAUUUAUCACUCCAAAUUUAUAAAGAAAAAUAAUUUU